AUGGUGAAGUUCCUGCGACACCAAGACCCCAGUCAGCGGAAGUACAAGACGGUGCUCCGGGCUGCAGGAGGAACUACUAGUACGUCAGGGAGUACCGAAAAUAACGGAAAAAAAAGCAGGACGACAGCGACACAGCAGCUCCAGGGCGGUGGAAAAAGCGGCAAAGUACCAGCCAGCGCGGGCACCAAAAAAGCUUCGGUAAUACAAGCAGAAAACCGUGGAAACAAGAAGAUGAAGAGCAGAAAGAACUCCGCGGGCACUGAGACUGACAGUGACGCAGAAGAUUCCGAUGUAGAAGAGCAGCGCAAAGCGGACCAGGCGGAAAAAGUCCGGCAACAAAACCGCAAGACCAACAAGGAAAUCGAGAAGCAAAUCCGCGAAGAGGAGCACAGAAAACAGUUUGCGCGGAAAAAACAGUUCUCACGCCAACAAGAAUUGCAGUUCCAGCAAGAUGCGGCUGAUAAAACGAUCGAGUUGGCGAAGAAAACGCACAAAAAUCCUUUGAACGACGGCAUUGACGAAAGCUUACUUCCGAAGCACAUCCGAGACAAGCGGCAGCAGAAGGCGAAAUGGCGACCGGAGGAGGAGAGAAGGAGUGAAAAGGGAUUGGCCUUGAUGGCCAAGUGCCUGAAGAUGGCUUACAAGUAG